AUGCUUCGUGCACAACAGUACGACCUGGUAGUCAAGUACAGACCUUGCAAUCAAUUGCACAUUACAGAUCCCCUAAGUUGUGCUACUCAGUUGGAGUCUACAUCACAGGCAGACAAGUUUGAAGUCCAUUUUCUUGUACAACUCGUAAAAGAAAAGUUUAAGCGAGAGACGGACAGUGAUCCAGUGUUAACGAAACUGAAGACUGUGAUUGUAACAGGCUGGCCUGAGAACAGGUCAGAAGUGGAGCCAGAAUUACAAGAUUUCUGGAACUUUAGAGAUGAACUGUGUAUUUGUGAUGGACUGUUGAUGAAAAGUACUUGAUCCAUAUACAAAUGUAGUUUGUGAGAUGAAAUGCUUAAGAAAAUUCAUGCCAGUCACUUAGGGAUUGAGAAAUGUUUCAGCAGGGCAAGAGAGGGUUUGUUCUGGCCUAACAUAAGUUAG